AUGAACAGCAGCAAGCCCAUUAUGAACCGCGGUAACGGCACCCUGAAAAUCAGCCUCGCUGCACCGCAGGAUGGAGCUAUGUCGCCGGUGAUACGGUCAUUGCUAGCUUUGAGGGGACGGGUCAAGGUCCAGUUCACCAAGGGAUCGGGCGUGUCCUACGAUAGACACCAGGAGGGGCCUAUCUAUAAGCAACUCUUACUCCCUGAGCGACAUACCUUGUUCCAGGGCCCUCUUCACAUACCAGAUAGUAACGACUCUGUCUACUGGCCUUUUGAGAUCAAGAUGUCACCCUAUUCCCAGGACUUGGGGUUUCUUAACGGCGAUCUACUUCCAAGUUGGGAGGACAUCGCAAGCUCCCGUUUACCAGGAACAUUCUAUUCUGUUGAAUGCAAUAAAGCCAGCUCCCCAUCGGCAUGUUGGGUGGAGUAUUAUCUCGAGGCCGAGAUGCGAUACGUGGAGAGAGGCGACCAAAAGGUUCACACUUCAACAUGUCCCAUUCAAGUGCGACACAGUCCUGAGACCAUUUUCCGGGGAUUCGGCAAGGAACGAAGGAUUUUGAACCGAAGUAUCCGAGGCCAGCAGUUGCUGUCAGCGGUACACCAUGGAGAACGCUCGUUCGUGCGAAGAACACGAGAAUUUUUCAUCCACCCUUCAAUCAGCGCACCGGAGCUUCACUAUAAAGUCGAAGUCUACGCUCCAGCUACUGUCCAGCUGGGCAACCUCUCAAAUAUCCCAUAUAAGUUGAAAUUCGAGCUCCUACCGCAGACCAGUAACGCUCUCCAUGAUAUCGAGCUGAAAGUCCUCUUCAACUCGGCGAAGUUUAUUAUACGAUCCGAGACGAGAGUGACCGCAGGAACUUCGGUUCACGCACCAUCCAGUGUGCAUUGCUCUCUCAUCGAUCUCGGGCUAGAAGAGGCUAUCAGGCGACUCGACGCUUUUCCGUUGACGAUUCCCUUGACCAACAAGAGUCAGACACUCAACAUCGGCAAAAUGCUUCAGCUUACUCUCCACACAAGUGGCCUGAAGGCUGGAGAGAAAGACGUUCCUGCGACGGGCCGGAUUACACCUACCUUUUCGACUCAAAAUUUGCGGCAUUUGAACUCGCUGCAGGCGGAGUUCUCGGUCACGGUCGCUGGCAACACCACCCAGUUGCACGCGAGCACGCCACUUAACAUCUUGGCGGAGUUGUGA